CUGUUAUUGAUUUGAUUCUAAGAAGGGGCUGUGUUUAUACCCAGGUCUUUAAUUGAUUUGAUUCUAAGAAGGGGCUGUGUUUAUACCCAGGUCUGUUAUUGAUUUGAUUCUAAGAAGGGGCUGUGUUUAUACCCAGGUCUGUUAUUGAUUUGAUUCUAAGAAGGGGCUGUGUUUAUACCCAGGUCUGUUAUUGAUUUGAUUCUAAGAAGGGGCUGUGUUUAUACCCAGGUCUUUAAUUGAUUUGAUUCUAAGAAGGGGCUGUGUUUAUACCCAGGUCUGUUAUUGAUUUGAUUCUAAGAAGGGGCUGUGUUUAUACCCAGGUCUGUUAUUGAUUUGAUUCUAAGAAGGGGCUGUGUUUAUACCCAGGUCUGUUAUUGAUUUGAUUCUAAGAAGGGGCUGUGUUUAUACCCAGGUCUGUUAUUGAUUUGAUUCUAAGAAGGGGCUGUGUUUAUACCCAGGUCUGUUAUUGAUUUGAUUCUAAGAAGGGGCUGUGUUUAUACCCAGGUCUGUUAUUGAUUUGAUUCUAAGAAGGGGCCGUGUUUAUACCCAGGUCUUUAAUUGAUUUGAUUCUAAGAAGGGGCUGUGUUUAUACCCAGGUCUGUUAUUGAUUUGAUUCUAAGAAGGGGCUGUGUUUAUACCCAGGUCUUUAAUUGAUUUGAUUCUAAGAAGGGGCUGUGUUUAUACCCAGGUCUGUUAUUGAUUUGAUUCUAAGAAGGGGCUGUGUUUAUACCCAGGUCUGUUAUUGAUUUGAUUCUAAGAAGGGGCUGUGUUUAUACCCAGGUCUGUUAUUGAUUUGAUUCUAAGAAGGGGCUGUGUUUAUACCCAGGUCUGUUAUUGAUUUGAUUCUAAGAGGGGGCUGUGUUUAUACCCAGGUCUGUUAUUGAUUUGAUUCUAAGAAGGGGCUGUGUUUAUACCCAGGUCUGUUAUUGAUUUGAUUCUAAGAAGGGGCUGUGUUUAUACCCAGGUCUGUUAUUGAUUUGAUUCUAAGAAGGGGCUGUGUUUAUACCCAGGUCUGUUAUUGAUUUGAUUCUAAGAAGGGGCUGUGUUUAUACCCAGGUCUUUAAUUGAUUUGAUUCUAAGAGGGGGCUGUGUUUAUACCCAGGUCUGUUAUUGAUUUGAUUCUAAGAAGGGGCUGUGUUUAUACCCAGGUCUGUUAUUGAUUUGAUUCUAAGAGGGGGCUGUGUUUAUACCCAGGUCUGUUAUUGAUUUGAUUCUAAGAAGGGGCUGUGUUUAUACCCAGGUCUGUUAUUGAUUUGAUUCUAAGAAGGGGCUGUGUUUAUACCCAGGUCUGUUAUUGAUUUGAUUCUAAGAAGGGGCUGUGUUUAUACCCAGGUCUGUUAUUGAUUUGAUUCUAAGAAGGGGCUGUGUUUAUACCCAGGUCUGUUAUUGAUUUGAUUCUAAGAAGGGGCUGUGUUUAUACCCAGGUCUGUUAUUGAUUUGAUUCUAAGAAGGGGCUGUGUUUAUACCCAGGUCUGUUAUUGAUUUGAUUCUAAGAAGGGGCUGUGUUUAUACCCAGGUCUGUUAUUGAUUUGAUUCUAAGAAGGGGCUGUGUUUAUACCCAGGUCUGUUAUUGAUUUGAUUCUAAGAAGGGGCUGUGUUUAUACCCAGGUCUGUUAUUGAUUUGAUUCUAAGAAGGGGCUGUGUUUAUACCCAGGUCUGUUAUUGAUUUGAUUCUAAGAAGGGGCUGUGUUUAUACCCAGGUCUGUUAUUGAUUUGAUUCUAAGAAGGGGCUGUGUUUAUACCCAGGUCUGUUAUUGAUUUGAUUCUAAGAAGGGGCCGUGUGUUUAUACCCAGGUCUGUUAUUGAUUUGAUUCUAAGAAGGGGCUGUGUUUAUACCCAGGUCUGUUAUUGAUUUGAUUCUAAGGGGCUGUGUUUAUACCCAGGUCUGUUAUUGAUUUGAUUCUAAGAAGGGGCUGUGUUUAUACCCAGGUCUGUUAUUGAUUUGAUUCUAAGAAGGGGCUGUGUUUAUACCCAGGUCUGUUAUUGAUUUGAUUCUAAGGGGCUGUGUUUAUACCCAGGUCUGUUAUUGAUUUGAUUCUAAGAAGGGGCUGAAGUCUGUUUAACUCUGGACAGAAUAACCCAUCAAUGGAUCCCUCAUUUUACAUGCUGUCCUGGUUGUACCGUCUGUUUUCUCCAGAUUUCCUUUUAAAUCUAUUUGUCUUCAUCCUUUUACAGCGUGUUGUUAUUCUGCCUCCUUUUUGUAGGUCUUCUUCUUCUUGUGUUUUAUUCAAGCCAACUGUUUGAGGUUUCUCUCCCCCCCCAUAAAGACAUUAAACAUUUACCAGAUGUAGAUGGAAAACAUGACAAUGGUGGUAUUUAUCAUUCUGUGGAAUUCAGCUGCCAUUGUAUUGAAGCAAAAAAAAAAAAAAGUUUUGAAAUAAAUAAAAAUAGAAAAUGUUGUUUUCCUGA